AUGGAGGCUGGGGUAAACCAAACAAGCCCGCAACUAUCACUCGAGUCCAGACUGGACAGAAUAUUUGACACAUUCUGGCUGAAGCUGGCACGCAAAGCACAAGGUCUCUCACACAUACAGUCGUCUGCUAAGUCACCUUUGCAACCCCAUCAAGAUCCAGUAUCCAGAAAGGUGGCGCGCUCUCCACAGAAGCAAGGUUUGAUACCGAGCUGCAGGUCUCCGCGACAAGCUGAUACCGACCCUCCCACUCGACUCCUUGAAAGACCAACAAAGCCAAAGCACCAUUCAACUGUACAGUCUCCCCGAUAUUUUCGGGCCCGACCUGUGGCCUCUAAUCCUUGGAAGGUGUGCUUCCAAAGGCGCAAACCGCAUUGGUUCAUUUUCAGAGAGGUGGUUAAGGGGCCUGCUCCGAAGCAUUUUGAAGCAAGACCUGAGUUUUCCACUCGGGCAGCGGAGUGGAAAGGCAGACACAGGGAGUCUCUGAGGCCUCUACAUCACCCUAUGGUUCUCACGCAGACCAACGCCACCUUGGGGAACUAUGCCAUACCAGCGGCUGGAGUGGACUAA